GAAACUCAAUGACAGAUCGACAGCUAUGCUAAAUUGGAAAAUCGGAAAGAGGGAACUCGUCCGAAAGAAUCCAAUCAGCUUCUCGUAUACGACAGAGUGACAACCCGAGGAACCAAUGGCAACCCACCCGCCCCUGCAAGGCGACAGUGAGAACCCCGCGCAGUCUUCAGAAGAGAAGCCGGGAGCUAAGAUGGCGGCCGCCGACGGAGAUGAUUCCCUUUAUCCUAUCGCUGUGUUGAUCGAUGAGCUGCGGAACGAGGACGUUCAGCUUCGUCUGAAUAGCAUCAAGAAACUCUCUACCAUUGCACUGGCCCUGGGUGUUGAGAGGACGCGCAGCGAGCUCUUGCCUUUUCUCACAGAUACUAUUUAUGAUGAGGAUGAGGUCUUACUUGCUCUGGCAGAACAGCUGGGAACUUUUACAGCUUUGGUCGGGGGGCCUGAAUAUGUCCACUGCUUGCUGCCCCCGCUCGAAAGCCUUGCUACAGUGGAAGAGACGGUGGUGCGGGACAAGGCCGUGGAGUCCUUGAGGGCAACCUCCAAUGAACAUUCUCCAGCUGACCUCGAGGCUCACUUCGUGCCCCUGGUGAAGCGCCUGGCGGGAGGCGACUGGUUCACCUCUCGCACCUCUGCCUGCGGCCUCUUCAGCGUCUGUUAUCCCCGAGUUUCCAGCUCAGUUAAAGCUGACCUCCGCCAAUAUUUCCGAAAUUUGUGUUCGGACGAUACGCCAAUGGUGAGGCGAGCCGCAGCCUCCAAACUGGGCGAAUUUGCCAAGGUCUUGGAACUGGAAUAUGUCAAAAGCGAGAUCAUCCCCAUGUUUUCGAACCUGGCGUCUGAUGAGCAGGACUCUGUGCGCUUGUUGGCUGUGGAGGCCUGCGUUAAUAUUGCUCAGCUCCUGCUUCAGGAGGACUUGGAGUCCUUGGUGAUGCCGACGUUACGACAAGCCGCCGAGGACAAAUCUUGGCGAGUCCGUUACAUGGUGGCUGAGAAAUUCACAGAGCUCCAGAAAGCUGUUGGGCCAGAAAUCACAAAAACCGACUUGGUCCCAGCCUUCCAGAAUCUCAUGAAAGACUGUGAAGCUGAAGUGCGAGCUGCAGCCUCUAGCAAAGUCAAAGAAUUCUGUGAAAAUUUGUCUCCUGAUUGUCGUGAAAAUAUCAUCAUGACUCAGAUUUUGCCCUGUAUCAAGGAACUAGUAUCAGAUGCCAAUCAACACGUGAAAUCAGCUUUGGCAUCCGUGAUCAUGGGAUUGUCUCCUAUUCUGGGCAAGGACAACACAAUUGAGCAUCUUUUGCCUCUCUUCCUGGCUCAGCUCAAAGACGAGUGCCCUGAGGUCCGACUCAACAUCAUCUCCAACCUGGACUGUGUGAAUGAAGUGAUCGGCAUCCGGCAGUUGUCUCAGUCUCUGCUGCCAGCAAUUGUGGAGUUAGCGGAGGAUGCCAAGUGGCGUGUGCGGUUAGCUAUUAUUGAGUAUAUGCCCCUGUUAGCUGGACAGCUGGGUGUGGAAUUCUUUGAUGAGAAGCUAAACUCCCUUUGCAUGGCCUGGCUAGUGGAUCAUGUUUAUGCUAUCCGAGAAGCAGCCACCAGCAACCUUAAGAAGCUUGUAGAGAAGUUUGGCAAGGACUGGGCUCAUGCCACCAUCAUCCCCAAGGUGCUGGCCAUGUCGAAUGACCCCAACUAUUUGCACCGCAUGACUACGCUGUUCUGCAUCAACGUGCUGUCGGAGGUCUGUGGGCAGGAAAUCACCACCAAGCACAUGCUUCCCACGGUAUUGCGGAUGGCCGGUGACGCAGUCGCAAAUGUUCGCUUCAACGUAGCCAAGUCGCUUCAAAAAAUUGGACCAAUCUUGGAUAAUAGCACCCUUCAGAAUGAGGUGAAGCCGGUGCUAGAGAAACUCACCCAGGACCCUGAUGUGGAUGUCAAAUACUUUGCCCAGGAGGCACUGACUGUGUUGACGUUAGCUUGAAUCCAGGACCUGGCUCUGUUGUCUCUCCAACUUGGAUGCUGUUGGGCCAACUAUCUUUCUCCCUUUUCCCUGCAUGUGUAUGACCAGCCCACCCAUCUCCUAUUGGAUGUACAUGAUGGAAUAGGCCAUAGCUGACUAUUGUCCUCUCGGGAGUCCCACCUGCCUCUUCUCCUCUUAGCUCCGUGUUUUCAGACCUUCUCGGGCAGCUGUGAUAUUCUCUCCCCUUCUCAUAAUGGUCAGGUUCAACUUACCCUUUUGUUCCCACCCUCCAGGGGCCACAGGUGACUCACCCACCCCCAGUUCUGUGAAGCUUGCAAGAGAGGCAGAGCAGGGGGAUGGGAGGCAGAAUUGAUUCGUGGGAGCCUCCUGUCACUUUUUGGCCGCAGUUUGCAUGGGAAUGCCAUCACCGUGCAGCCUGUAACUGUGCAUGAGAUACCCAGUUGAGCUUUCUCCCCAUCCACGCUCGGCCCGAUUGGUCCCUUUUUCCAUCCCGAUGAUUAAAGCCGCCAUCUUUUCCCUCCUCCUUGCCGUUGAAGUAUCAGUCAAUGAAACGCGGUCCUUCACUCAAAAUCAAACGCCUCAGUUGUUUUGCUCCAGAGAAGGUAGAAGGGUAGUUAAAUCCUUGAUUUAGAUCUCUUGGUUUAUCAGGCUUCGUAAUAACAGUGUUUCCCAGAUCCUCUGCAUGAUUCUAUUUCUGUGCCCUUUCUGUUUCCUUUCCCUGGCCUUUGCUGGAAGGAGGUAGCUAUUUGGUGCAUGGGGAUGUGUGUGUGUGUGUGUGUGUGUGUGUGUGUGAGAGAGAGAGAGAGAGCGAGAGAGCGCUGUGGAACAGUUGACAUAGGCUGUAGAGUAGAAAACUCAAGUUGCUUUGGUCAUCACAGUGGGAGACUACCUCCAGGCUAAAUUUUGUCCCGUAUUCCCACUGAACUUCCAAACUGGAACCAUUCCCAAAUUCUGGUGGUGCAAAACGAAAAGAUGCUCUUUGAUGAACGAUGCAUCAGUUGGCAGAAGAAGAGGGGGCAUUGGGGGGGGUGUUUCUCCAGCCGUGCUUGAAUGAUCCCACGGGCUCUUGAUUGAUGGGAGAUCUGAUUUCUGUACUGUAAAACUUCCUCCUUCCUUCCAGCUUCGCCUUGAUGAUGUCCCAAUUUUCCUUCUUCAGCACCUUUUGAGUUCCUUGCGGUCGGCGCUCUAAUACUUGCACUGGACAUGUGAAAGAAGUGUGUAUUCUAACCACUCAACCCCCCUAACACACAAACACACACUUACACACUGUCUCCCGUGCUCCAUUAGCGGAACGUCAUUUUUAAAACGUCAGAUUUUUUUUUGUCUGUGUGUGUGUGUAUACACAUGUUUUAUUUUUCGCCUCUCUCCGAUUAAUAAAAUGCUCGAUCGUUACUUAACAUGGCUGGUAAGA